GAGUUUCGGUUUCACUUUAACAAACCGUUGCGGAAGUCCGUCUGGUUCGAGCGGUGUCCCAGAACAACGGCGUUUUUGAGUCGGACUCCUGCAACACGACCUGCCAACGUCAUGGAUGUUGACGCGAAACCUCCGGAGAAAAAAGUCGAGCCUCUGAGGAUCAUGCUUCUCGGCAAGAGUGGAGCAGGAAAGAGCUCCAGCGGAAACACCAUCCUGGACAGAAACGCGUUCAAGUCUGACAUGAAGCUGACCAGGGUGACCCGUCACUGCGAGAAGGGCGUUGGCAAAAUCGAUGACGUGGACGUCGCCAUCAUUGACACGCCGGGGCUUUUCGAGACCGACCGCAAGAAGGAUGAGAUCAUGCGGGAGAUUCUGAAGUCGCAGAAGCUGUCGGAGCCAGGACCGCACGUGUUUGUCUUUGUGGUUCCGUUGGGGAGGAUGACCCAGGAAGACAGAGACACUAAGACUUUGAUUGAGCAGAAUUUUGGCCCGAGAGUGUGGCACUAUACCAUCAUCCUCUUCACUCACGGCGAUCGCUUGGAGGGAAAAACGAUCAACGAUGUCAUCACGGAGAGCGACGAAAACCUGCGCGCCUUCAUCCGCCAGUGCAGCGGAGGCUUCCUCGUCUUUAACAACAAAGAGCUGGAAGAUCAGAAGCAGGUGACCAAGUUCCUGAAGAAGAUCCAGACGCUGGUGGCUCUAAACGGAGGCGGGCAUUAUCACAAUGGCCUUUACCCCCCAAAGGAGCGGAAGAUCCGGGAAAGACAGGAGUGCAUCAUGGUUGAGAGGAACAUCGCUCUCACAGAGGGAAAGCUGGCGGGGCAAUUCGAGGGUCAGGAGCUGGAGCACAAGAAGAUGGUGCUGUGGAGGAGGGAGGAGGAAAGGGCUCGGUCAGAUGCAGAGAACGAGAACAAAGUUGGCAUUAAGCACUUGGCCUCUCUCCUCCUCUUCCUCAUCAUCAUCAUCAUUGGGUUGCUCCUGAGCUCAGUCAUCGACAGGCCUUUUCUACCAGCGUUGGCACUCCUCAUUUUUGCUGUGAGCUUCUCUGUUGUUAAACAUUGAGUCAUGUAACAGGUGGAAUGAUGCUUUCCUGGGGGAGUAUGUUCUGUAACGCUGAAGCUCGAAAGAGUCAGUGAAGGCGUCAUGAAUAGUCAAGAUUGAAUGUAGUAGGAGAAGAAUUACGUGGGUUGUACAAGAAUGUUACUCUCAAAUCUACAAAAUAAAAGCCUAACUGGA